CCUGCUGGUGGCAGCAGCGCGCCGCUGUGCCCUGCGGCCAGUGACGUCCGUGACACAUGAAUCCACAGUAAACACAGAUUGUCGCCACACAGCGAGCAAGCGAGCUGACGGCAACCUGAGCUGAAAGGCACAGCUUUGUUGUUGUUCUAGUGAUGUGCUUAUCCCAUUGGGCAUAGUGGGAGACUGUAGCUGAAUCCCCUCCCCCCUCCUCCCAUCCCAUCGCUGUUCCCCCUGAAGACCUCCACCAACACCACCUCCUUCCUCGUCCUACACCUCCUCUUCCUCCCUACGGCCGCCCCUGUGAUGCCUCCCUCGUGCUGUGGCUACCUGUCACAGUACACCCAUCAUCAUCUGAUUGUCUUCCUCCUCACCUUCUUUAGCUAUGUGUUGCUGCAUGCGUCACGGAAGACUUUCAGCAAUGUGAAAGUGAGCAUCUCAGCCCAGUGGACGCCUUCCAUCCAGAAUGACAGUGCAGCCGCUUUCUCCCCUGGCGAGACAUGGGAGGACAAUCGUCUGUUUGCAGAUGAGAAGCAGGCCACUCUGUUCCUGGGAGCUCUGGACUCCAUCUUUCUUUUUUCAUAUGCAGUGGGCUUGUAUUUGAGCGGUGUGAUCGGGGACAGAGUAAACCUGCGCUACGUGCUCUGCUUCGGCCUGUGUGGCUCUGCUGCAGUGGAGUUUGUGUUUGGCACUCUGACAGAAUGGCUCCAUAUCUACAACAUCUAUCUGUACUGUGGCCUGUGGGUGCUGAACGGGCUGCUGCAGUCAGCCGUGUGGCCGUGCGUGGUGGCCGUCAUGGGCAACUGGUUCGGCAAGACGGGGCGGGGCUUUGUGUUUGGCUUGUGGAGUGCUUGUGCCUCUGUAGGCAACAUCCUGGGGGCCUUCCUGGCUUCUAGCGUGCUCAAGUAUGGAUAUGAGUAUGCCUUCCUGGUGACCUCAGUGGUGCAGUUUGCCGGCGGGGUGGUGGUGUUCUUCGGCCUGCUCACCUCCCCAAAAGAAGUCGGUCUGAGUUUGGAGUCCGAGACCGGACUCAGCCCGGUGGAGAGGGACACAGACAGUCACAGGCCUCUGAUGAGCGACGAGGAGGAUGAGGUGGAGGUGGAGGGGUAUGCCAGACGGUACCAGCCGAUCCAGCAGCCGGAUGAACCCCUGGCGGAGCCCCCUCAAGCUAUCAGCUUCCUCCAGGCCUUCUGCCUGCCGGGAGUGUUACCUUAUUCUUUGGCUUACGCGUGUCUGAAGUUGGUCAACUACUCCUUCUUCUUCUGGCUUCCAUUCUACCUGAGCAACAAUUACGGCUGGAAGGAGGCCGAGGCCGACCGCCUGUCCGUGUGGUACGAUGUCGGAGGAAUCAUCGGAGGAACAGUUCAGGGUCUGAUCUCUGACUUCAUGGGCAAGAGAGCCCCGGUGUUGACACUCAGUCUGGCACUGGCGAUGGGAUCCCUGGUGGGAUACAGCCGUUCACCUAACGACCAGGUGAUAAACGCUGCGCUGUUGGCCGUCACUGGCUUCUUCAUUGGUGGCCCAUCCAAUAUGAUCAGCUCUGCCAUAUCUGCCGACCUGGGCAGACAGGAGGCUCUGAGGGGCAGUCAGGAGGCUCUGGCCACUGUUACUGGUAUAGUGGAUGGAACUGGAAGUAUAGGAGCUGCGGGAGGACAGUACCUGGUGUCUCUGAUUGAGAGCAAGCUGGGCUGGAUGUGUGUGUUCUACUUCUUCAUCGUCAUGACAGGGGGCAGCAUUGUGUUCAUCACUCCCUUGCUCCUCAGAGAGCUGCGUGCCAUGUGGAGAGACAGGCGAGCGCUGCGACGCCAGCUGUGAAAGCCGCGGUGUCUGCCGACCGUAACGUUUCUGCUGUUAUCAGUGAGCUCACCGCCCCGCAGAGACAGCUCCUUUUUGGGUGAGUUGUGGGAUGUGCAAAGAUCUGGCGCAUGCUGUUUGUCACGGUCAGGUUGGUUUAGAGUGACCUAGAGUUUCACACCCACAACCACCAGCACGUGUCUAUUAACAGCUAUGUGAGUAGGCAGAGGGUCUUUGAGCACAACACUGAGGUUUUAUCCUCUCACUUAAAACCUAAAACGUAAACGUACACUCCCUGUAGCGCAAAUGCGAGGAUUUAGACAUUGAGCUGGAUUCAGUGCAGGAUUGAACUUUGAAAGGGAACUGGCCGUCAGUCAGAGCAGUCUGUGAAUUCAGGCUUUUCAGGGCCACAGAAUGUACAAGUGUAUAUAUUUAAAGUUUAAAUGGAUGUAAGUACUUUUCAUGUAGAUGUACUUGAAUCACGUUGAAUGAGUUUGAAUUUUAAACCUAGGAGUUCUUAAUUUAAAGACCAGGCUCUUUAAGACAAUUUGAGGGCCAGAACUGCCUGAAAAAAUGCGAAAAAGUAACUGUAAAGUAGAAAUGUAUUGUCAGCUUUUGUAGAUAUGUAUGAUAGUUUGUUUUUUGUUGAAACGAUUAAUAUUGCACUCCGGGAUUCUUACAGUGAUUUGACAAAGUCUUAAACCUUUUAGCGAACCACUUCGAUUUUAGCUGAGUUUUCAGAAAUGUUCGCCACGCAGCCACUUGAUUUCUCCUGUGUACAGUUUUGUGUAAUCAGGGUCAGGAAUUAUACUGUAAAGCCUUUUCAUUACGGGGACCGGUUCUCUCGAUUCUUUGUUCAUUUCAGUCACUGACUUGAUAUAUAAUUCCUUUUUUACUGCCUGGUCAAUGGAAUGUAUACAGAAUGUCUCGAACUUUAGUGUCUUAAGUCACAAGAGAUCCCCAUGAAAACCCUCACACAGACGCAUGCUGACAGAAAAACAAAGAGAACUACCAUUGUUUUCUCACUCUUUUAGUUUAUAGUGUAGCAUAAUAAAUAAAAAACUGACAUUGUAGGAGAGAAGGUUUUACCUGUUUGCUACCAGUUAGUUUUGUUAGUUGGGGAUUGUUACUGUACCUGAUAACUGGACCUAAUAAGUGUCAUUUAUUAAUUUAAAAUACUGGUCUUUUUACAUCAUAUUUACUGAUACACAGUGUGGUAAAUGAUCAUGCAACACCAGCUGUCUGCUAAUUUAAAUUUGGACAGUUUAUCUGUAUAACUUGAGACACUUGGGUUGGUAACCAGCCACCGUUUGAAGGAAGGUUUCUUUGGACACUAAGACACUAAAAAGGUGAUUUUCCAUCAGCUAUGGUCAGUAGAUACAACAGGUAGUUUUCACCAUUUUAAGCAGAUGCGUUGAAACAUCAUGUAACUUCCUUUUAGCAUCUAGGACGAGUGAUAUCCAGGCGUAUUUUUAUCAUCAUCAUCAUCAUCACAGGUUCCUAAUUCUAAACUUUAAAAAACUAAAUCAUCCUAAUGCAGUGGAGCUUAAAAUGAGACUUGAACCUCUGGUAUCUCUGAACUAUUACAAAUGUAAUAGAAUGUAAAGUGAAAUGUAUCUGUGGUGUAUUUUUUAUUUUUAUUUUUAUCUAUGCGUACAUUUCAAGUUUUAACCAAUGUACAUGCCAGUGUCGAUUUAAAUAAAUGCAAAUUACAUUUUGCACAUCAGUAAUAUUCCAGGUAAGAUUCUGUUGGUUUAGGUGGAAGCUAUGACAGUAUGAAAACUACUUCUACUGUGGUGAUGUGUGCAGUGUUACAUAAAAACCACCAAGAGGCGCUAUUAAUUCAGAAAGAAAGCAUCUCGUGAAGUUCUUUUUUUCUGAAACAGUUGAAACAAACUUCAGACCAGUGCUUUGUGGUUUAUAUUAUUUAUCAAUCAUUAAUGUUUUAUUAUUUUUUGAGCACACUAUAUGAAAUCAACAUUAUGAAAGGCAACAGUGCACCAGCAACCCAUCAAUGGAAUCUCUUUAGCAUUUUCUAUACAAAUAUUACGAUCACAAAGGAUAUGAAUCUGAUCCCAUACAAUUACACUUCUUACAUGUUGCAAGGAUACAUAAAUCAGUAUUAAAUUACAAUAAAAUUAUUACAAAUGGUAUACAAAGAUUAUCAUACAUUCAUGCAUAUACAAAGUAAAAA